UUUUGAACGAGACGCGGUCGUGAAGCUACACGGGCAAUCGAAACAAGAUGGGACGACUCGCGUGCGGAGCUCAUCUGCAAGGUGGCUCAGCAAGUUGAAAACGUCUGUGCGAAAACGCCUGUGCGAGAAGGCUGUUGAUAUGAGGAGGGGAGGGAGGAGAUACCACAUAUGGGCGCUGACGACUGAAUGCCGUCAAGUAUCAGCUGCUACGGGGAAUUCAAAGCAUGCACCAUCCUGGGAGGAGACAUAAGGAGGAUAGAGGAGGGAAUAGGAGGGAGACCAGAGAGCCACCAGCUCCUAAAUGAAAGACCGAGGUGCCUGGAAGGCUACCUCAGCUGCAGGUCGGUCCGACAGUCCGACACACCCGCGAGCCAAUUGCAACACACAUGCCGAGAGGCCCGCUGACCGUUCCCUGCUGCACGGCUAGCAGGGGUCAUGGCAGCAGCAGCUUAGAUAGAAGAAGGAUGACGACCUUGAUGCAGGCUAAAGGGAUACAUCAACAUAGAUGCCCGUCAGGGUAAACAGAUAGAAAUUAGAAGCUUCUCGCAAAUGGACGCCACCUAAAGCGCUCAGUCUGGCAGCCUGACGCGCCAGCGAGAAGCUCAGAGAAAAUCGGCCGACCCCCAGGGUCUCCCGCGUGUGGCAGAAUCUGAGAAAAAGAAGGAGAGUGAGAGGGAGAGACCGCGUGAGGUAUGGAGACACAGCUCUGCGAGGCAGCCGCGACGUGCGCACAGACAGUUCCUGCUCCUGUCCUGCCCUGGCUGCCGCACAGCUCUGGAGCCGGGCCGAGGAGCAGGAGGCAGGGCGGGUGGGGAAACCGACUGCGCCUGCCUGGCGCGCUGCGUCUUCCCCGGGUGCGCCGCAUCCCGAGGGCGCAGCGCGCAACCACACGCUGGCCAAAUGCCCAGGCAGACGUGGUUCAGAGAUCGGGCGGGCGGCCCUGCAGCAUCAGAACGCACGACGCGGUGCCCCAACGCAGAGGAUCUGCGGCGGAGCAGCAGCGGUUUGCUCGAGGCAGGCCCCUCGGCCUCGCGGCGGGCUUCGACGAUGCCACGGCAUCGCCGACCCCAUCUACGUAAGGGACCAGAGAGGAGCUGACCCAGACCCCAACGCCA